CGCGACUGACAUCGACAGAAACAUAGGGGAGAACCCUUGGCCAGAACUCGUCAGUAUAUAAACCCAGCUGGCGAGCAUGUGGACACGCAAAUCGCAACCCCCACCCCUCUGUUUACUCCCAUAAUCCCGAACUCAGAGCCAUGUCUCAAGGAAAGGUCCUGUCUCUGUCCAGCGGGCAGACGAUCCCCCAAAUCGGCCUCGGCACAUGGCUGUCGAAGCCCAACGAAGUUGAGAAUGCCGUCGAGCUCGCCGUGCGCGCGGGCUACCGCCACCUCGAUCUCGCGAUGAUCUACGCGAACCAGGACGAGGUUGGGCGCGCGCUCAAGAAGGUCGUCCCCUCGGUCUGCAAGCGCGAGGAGCUCUUCAUCACGUCCAAGGUCUGGAACACCUCGCAUAAGAAGGAGCUCGUCGAGAAGGAGCUAGACGAGACGCUCCGCCAGCUCGGGACCGACUACCUUGACCUCUACCUGAUACACUGGCCUGUCGCGUUCACGGCGAGUCCGAACCCCGGCAAGGACUUCUUCCCGCCGCACCCGACGAAGGAGGGCUGGGUCGAGCUCGACACGGAGACGAGCCUCGUUGAGACAUGGCAGGCGAUGAUCGACCUCCUCAAGACCGGCAAGGUCAAGGCGAUCGGCGUCUCCAACUUCACCAUCGAGCACAUCCAGGGCAUCGCCGAUGCCACCGGAGUCUGGCCGACCGCGAACCAGAUCGAGGCGCACCCGCUGCUGCAGCAGGACGAGCUCGACGCGUUCUGCAAGGCGCACAACAUCCACAUCACAGCGUACAGCCCGCUGGGCAACAACAUGGUCGACAAGCCGAGGCUGACGGACUACCCCGAGGUGCGCGAGAUCGCGCAGAAGCUCGACGCGACGCCCGCGCAGGUCCUCAUCGCUUACGGCGUCUACCGUGGGUACUCCGUCAUCCCCAAGUCCGUACAGAAGGAACGCAUCGAUUCGAACUUCAAGCAGGUCUCACUCUCGGAAGAGGAUUAUCAGAAGCUCGUCUCCCUCGGGAAGCGCGACCCGACACGGUUUAACAUGCCGUAUACGUAUGCGCCCAAUUGGGACAUCAACAUCUUCAACAACCCCGCCGAGCAGGCGGCCACGCACAAGCCGAAGGUAAAGUAAACGUGUGACGCGUCGUCUUGCAGUAGUGUGUGUAGGCUGUUUUCGGAGAAGAAUCAGAUCAGUGUAGCUGUAUGCCAUAGCAAUUCAAAACGUCUCGUCGUCGAAUGACCAACUUCAC